CCUUCUUCUUGCAUGUGUGGCAAAAAAAUGUGCUGUGUAAGGUUUUAGCAGAUUACAUUUUUUUCUAGACUAUUGAAAUCAGUCAAUAAUAGUUCAUGUCAAAUGCUGCUAACACUUACCCCAGCAAAUCUGAAGGGUGUUCAAGGAUACUUUAACAGCCAAAUUAUGUUACGUUUAGUGUUUGUUUGCAUGUUUUGUACGAUAAAUCCAGGUGUUUAAAAAAAAAAAAAAUUCUUACAUCAUACAAAACAGAACGCAGGUAUUAACGAGAAAAGAAAUGGUAAAUCCAGGUGGUGUUUCGUUCCGAUGGCAUAGGGAUGACAUGACACUCCCUACAACUUGUGUGUUUCUGUAUCUACUUGUAGUUUCGAACCACUCCAAGCCAGAAGAGGGCGCUACAGGUUCAGAUUGCCACUCUUCCCAUGGUCCCGCCAGUCACUUCUGAUUUGCUGUAGUAUUGUGAUAUGAAACCAAGAUGGCGUCUACGGAAAGCUUGUUACAUUUGUAGACACAUUUAUAUUUAACGCAUAAUGUUUUUUUUAAAUUUAGUUUGUUAUAUGCCAGUACUAAAUGAACAAUACAUUCUGACAGAUUGGGCCGAGAGUGAUGUUGCUAAAAAAUGGAUGGCUAGCUAGCAUGAUAGCAGUAGCAUCUAGCUAGUACGGCAAUGACUUGUGAAUCGAAUAGCUAACUUGCUGUAUUAGCUCCUCUAAAAGCAUGACGGAGGCUCCGAGUGAGGACGAACUGCGGCCGGUGCCACGUGAGCGGGCGAUUCUGGAGAGUUUCUUCACGCAGCUCGGAAUGUUCUCGUUCGACCGGGCGAAGGACUAUGUGGAGAAAGAGAAGGACAGCAGCAAGAGCGCAGGGGCCAUUUGGGCCGCUCUCCUCGCCGCCUUCGCACACCUUUCCGCAGCGGAGAAAGCCUAUCACAACAUGACGUUCCUGGGACAAAAGCUGGGGGGCCAGUCGUUCUUCAGCCGCAAGGACUCCAUCCGCACCAUCUACACCUCCCUGUUCAACGCGCUGAGGAAGGUGGUGACCAUGGGGCGCCACGCCCAGCCAGGCUCCCCUCCCUACCUGGAGGGCCUGCUGUCUCACCUGUCGGAGCAGCUGUGCCACUUCACCCAGGCCCGCAUGGAGAUGGCUGACCUGUACGAGAAGAUGCAUGCGCUGGGCAGCCAGAAGAACAUCAACUCUGAGGAGCUGGUCUCCACCCUCGAGGCGGUGGUGCAGAAAUACAGCUCCAGAUUCCACCACCCCAUCCUGGGCCGCUUGGAGGGGGGCUUCCAGACAGAGGUGGAUGUGGUGACACAGCUCCUGCGCUGCCAGGCCCAGGUGUCAGAGUGGCACUUCCUGCCCGCCCUGCUCAGCCUGCAUGGGGCUAGCUCUAAGCUGACCGCCUGGGGACAGCUCUUCCAGCGCCAGAGGGAGACCCGCAAGCACCUGUUCGGAGGCCAGUCCCAGAAAGCCGUGCAGCCGCCCCACCUGUACGUGUGGCUGCAGGGCUUCCAGGGGGCGCUCCUUGCUAAAUUCAGCUUCUACUUCCAUGAGACGCUGAGCCGCCAGACGGUGUCCGCAGACAUGAAGGCCCUGACGGCACGCACAGCGCCCGAUUACCAUGGCAAGAUCUGUUUGUUUAUCCGCAAACACGAUGCCAACAACGUGUCGCUGGUGUUUGACAACCGCGGCUUGGACAGCUUCCAGGGCCAUGGCUACCACCACCCGCACUCGUACCGCGAGGCGCCUAAAGGGGUGGAGCAGUUCCCCGCCGUGGUGUCCCUUCCCGGGGGUGAGCGGCCGCUCACGCACUGGCCCAACGUCAUCAUGAUGAUGGGCGAUUUCGAGGCGGAGCUCAACACGCCGGACAAGGUGGUACACUUCUAUGACGACAAAGUCCAGAGCACUUACUACCUGACCCGACCGGAAUCACACUUCACCCUGGUGGUCAUCUUCGACGGUAGGAAGUCCGAGAAGGACUCGCACAUCACCGCCUUCCUGCAGGAGAUCUCUGGCUCACUGAGGAACUCCAAACCAUUCAGCACCCUCAAACCUGGCUCCAAGGGCUGAGAGAGAGAUGCCCUACUUCAUAUACUGACUGUGUCCCCAUAAGGGGUAGAUGGGUGUGUGCGUGUAACUUUAUAACAGAGAGACCAGGCAUUGUUCCAUAGACAGGAUGAACAAGUUGUCUAAUCAUUAGGAAAGCUUCCAGUGACAUUGUUGCAACAUUCUGAUUGGUUUUAGCUUCUUAAUAUGGGCGGCCAGGACCUUUUGCUUUACUACUUGAAAUAUAAUUAGAACCUCAACAUUGGCUUGUUUUAAUUCAGAGAAUGGCUUCAACCCGUGGUCCAACUGCUUGUUCUGUUGAGCAUCAUGAUUGGAAUCUUUUAGUUUGUUUUGUAAAAUCAGUUCUAGACCAAAAGAGAUGCGUCACUGACGCAGUGUGGCCUUCUCACAGUGAACUGACUGAGACAUUUAACCUGAUUCUAUUCCAAUCACAGGCCAGACAACUUCCUACCCGUCAGAGAUAUAAUGGUGCAAUGUACUGAAAAAGCCUUUGCUUAAUUUGUAUACUUUUGUUAACAUUGAUGUUUGUUUACCGUCAACAGAAGUGCUUAAUUUGUUUUGUUUUUUCCUCGUAUGUCAUCCUCUAUUUAGUUGUACUUAUUCAUCUGUUUAAUUCCCAAAUGACUGUAGAAAAAAAAGCUUAAUGUGUGUAUAAGAUGUGAUUUCACACUUUUCGGGAAGCUUCUUAAGACUGAGGGUUCAGACGGCCAACUGUAGCACAUCUCCAUCCCGGCCCCACACCCAGCAGGUGAUAAACAAGGCAAUAAUGAAGGAUCGACUAUGCAAAACGCACUUGUUAAUUUCUUCCCUUUUUUUAUUUAUAAUAUAAAUACAACAUCGAUACUAUG